AGUGGGAGAGCUCAUCCACAACAUGCAAGUGGAGAGAGGGUACACAGCCUUGCACAUCAUCUCCACUAGUGACCCGUCCAAGUCCCAGCUGGGAGGGGAGACCAGGAAGACAUGGCCAUUGCAGGAUUCAGGUGGAAAGUUCAAUGAUUUCAAGGAGUUCAAGAGGUUGUUGGAGGAGUAUCGGAACUCUCUGUUGUUUUCUCCAGACAAACAGAGAACUGUCAGACAAGAGAUGAUGUUUUAUAUUGAAAUCAUCGAGGAACUGAUCAAAUGGUUGUAUAGAGCUAUCAAGUUCACACAGGAAGGUGAUGAAUGGAGACAACUGGUGGCCUAUCAGCUCUUAAUAACAAGUAAAAAUGAUAUAGGUAUCGAGAGGACACUGGGCAGCGUGUUCUACCUAACCAGACACUUCGUCCAUGAGGAUCUGUUGUGGUUUCUCAGCUCCCAGAGCCGCGGGAUAGGUAAGUGGGGACUGUUGGUUGUUUGUUUGUUUAUACUGAGACCAGAGCCGUGGGAUAGAUCUAAAAACAUGAUGUACCACAUACAAACCAUGAGGGACGAGAUCGCCAGAAACGAGGACGUGAUCAACCAGACGACAACCUUGGCCUUCGAGAAGAGUACUUGGUGGUUCGACAACAUGACCUCAUUCCUGAACUUGUUGUUUGAGAUUCAAACUGAGAUGGCUACGGAAAUCUUGAUGUCCCUGGAUCGUGAGUGUUGUAGUGACGUUGCAGAGAUCUCACUCAGCAUUACACUUGUGUGUGUCUUCGUUCUGCUCUCUCCGGUCAUCAUCAUCUCAGUCAGGGCUCUGCUCAUGGACAUUCAGAAAUACGCCAUUUCGCUAGCCAACCAAACACACGAACUGAACAAAGAGAGGAAGAGAGCCGAGUCACUACUCUACCAAAUGUUGCCACAACAAGUGGCGCAACAGUUGAAAGAAAACAAUACGGUGCCCGCAGAAAGCUUCGAAGACGUAACGAUAUUCUUCUCUGAUAUCGUUGGUUUCACCACCAUCGCCGCGUCGUGCUCUCCCAUGGAGGUGGUCAACCUUCUCAACGCGCUCUACUCUUGCUUUGAUGCUCGCUUGGAAAUAUAUGACGUAUACAAGGUGGAGACAAUUGGAGAUGCUUAUAUGGUAUCAUCAGGCGUUCCAAAAAGAAACGGAAGGAGGCACGUGGCUGAGAUUGCCACCAUGGCAUUGGACCUGGCCCAUCAUGCAGGUCACAUCGACAUUCCACACAUCGCUGGAAAGAACCUGAGUCUGCGGGCAGGUGUCCACACAGGUCCUGUUGUUGCUGGAGUUGUGGGCUCCAAGAUGCCGAGAUAUUGUCUAUUCGGGGACACAGUCAACACGGCCAGUAGAAUGGAGUCUACAGGAAAAGCCGACCACAUUCAAGUAAGUACAGUGACCUACAGCGCCCUAGAAGCUCUGGGAUUGUUUACCUUGGAAACAAGAGGCCAUGUUGAGAUAAAAGGAAAAGGUUUGAUGCACACUUUCUGGCUGCAGGACAAGAUUGCCUUCGAGGCGAACUUUCCCUGUGUUCCCGGAUGUCAAAAGUUCAACGAUGCACAGACUGCCCGGAUGUACGCCAUAAACGGACCUAUUUAUGCAGAUUGUAAAAACAAAAAUUAG